CUCUUUCCCUCCUAAAACUUCUUUAACCAUGUUAUCCAGCUCACUGUUUCCUCCGUGGACGUGAUUUUUGGGCAAUCUUGCCACCUCUCUCUCUCCCUUCACUCUCCUUUCUUACAUGAUUCUUGGAAUGUCUUCGUAGACAUUUCCGAAUUCAUCCCACUUUUUGCAACUCGCCAAGUUCCGGUCUCUCCCACCCUACCACCACACUGUGUGUGUUAUCCAGGACUAUCCUGAAUCUUAGUUGCAGAUAAUCCUUCAACCGUCAACAUGUGUGGUAUCAUCGCUCUGAUUCAGGCGAACCCGUCGGCUUCCGCUGCCGUCGACCUCCAUGAGGCACUCUACCUGCUUCAGCACAGAGGUCAAGAUGCAGCGGGUAUUGCCACGUGCGCUACCGGGGGCCGUAUCUAUCAGCUCAAGUCGAACGGUAUGGCCGCCAAGGUCUUCAAUGACGGCGCCAGGGUGGCAGACCUUCCCGGCUCCAUGGGAAUUGGACACUUGAGAUAUCCCACCGCUGGGAGCAGCGCCAAUGCGGAGGCUCAGCCCUUCUAUGUCAACAGUCCGUAUGGAAUCUGCAUGGCUCACAACGGCAACCUCAUCAAUGCUCCCGAGCUGAAAAAAUAUCUGGACAUCGAGGCCCACCGUCACAUCAACACCGACAGUGACAGUGAAUUAAUGCUGAACAUCUGGGCCGAUGAGUUGAGCGAGACCAAGAAGGCCCGCGUCAACGCCGAGGAUGUCUUUGCCAGUCUGAGUCGCAUGUACGAGAGAUGCCAGGGUGGCUUCGCAUGCACAGCUUUGCUCGCCGGCUUUGGUAUCCUUGGUUUCCGUGACACCUACGGUAUCCGUCCCCUUGUUCUGGGUUCCAGGCCCUCCGCAGACUGUGAUGGCAUGGACUACAUGAUGGCUUCUGAGUCGGUUGCUCUGCACCAGCUUGGAUUCACCAACAUCCGUGACAUUCAGCCCGGUGAGGCGGUCAUCAUCCAGAAGGGCGCCGAGCCUGUCUUCCGCCAGGUGGCCCCCAAGAAGGCAUAUGCUCCCGACAUCUUCGAAUACGUCUACUUCGCUCGUCCCGACUCUGUCAUUGAUGGAAUCAGCGUGUACCGGAGUCGCCAGCGCAUGGGUGACCGUCUUGCCGCCAGAAUCCUCGACACUCUCGGACCUGAAGUGGUCAAGGACAUCGAUGUUGUCAUUCCUAUCCCCGAGACAUCCACCACCUCCGCUGCUGCUGUCGCGCGGUAUCUCGAUAAGCCGUACUGCCAGGGCUUCGUCAAGAACCGUUACGUUUUCCGUACUUUCAUCAUGCCUGAACAGAAGACGAGACAGAAGGGCGUCCGCCGCAAACUCAACGCCAUGCAAGCCGAAUUCAAGGACCGAAAUGUCCUUCUGGUUGAUGACAGUAUUGUGCGUGGUACGACGAGUCGAGAGAUCGUCACCAUGGCCCGGGAAGCUGGUGCCAAGAAGGUCUACUUUGCCAGCUGCGCGCCCGAGAUCACUCACGCUCAUAUCUACGGUAUCGACCUGGCGUCCCCUACUGAGCUGGUUGCGCAUGGUCGUGACGCUGAAGCCAUUGCCAAGCACAUUGGCGCCGAUAACGUGAUCUACCAGACCCUGGAUGAUUUGAAGGGCGCCUGUGCCGAGAUCGCCAAGGAGAAUGGUCUUGCCGAGCCUCAUGAUUUCGAGGUCGGUGUGUUCUGCGGUAACUACGUUACUCCCGUUUCCGAUGGCUACUUUGACCACCUGGAGGAGAUCCGCGGCGAGGGCCGCAAGAUCAAGGCCCUGGACCGCGCCAAGGAGGCAGUCACGCACGGCUUUGCCACGGAAAGUGACUUCAAGAUGGCCGCAAAUGGUGUCAAGGUGGAUGCCAACGGCAACAUCGUUCCUGCGGCAAACCCUGGCGAGUCCGAGGUGCCCAAGGUGGGCAUCAUGACUGCCUCCAAGCGCUCCCAGGAGGAGCACCCCAAGAUGGCAUUAGCUGCAUCUCAAGCGCAGUCCAGCAAUGCUAUCUCAUCUUCAGUAACGAGUGUCCGCCAUUCGCAACGCAACACCUCCCUCCCCGCGAAGACUGAGGAUACUAUUAGUAGUAUUCCCCCGGAGCCUGCCGCCAAACGGCGUAAGAGGAACACCACUACCACCACCCCGAAGAUCAACGACAACCUCGACGACCUCCCACACAACCUCGGCGCACCACUCCCUGCUAUAUCUUCAACCAGCCCCCCGCGCAUCAAGUCCGAAACGCCCUUAUCCUCGCCCAUCAAACCAGACGCCCUCGCCCAGGACCUCCAAACCACUGUCACCAAAGCCACCACGACCCCACCAUCAUCACCACCCACCCCAACCAAACCCCCCAGCAUAUCCAAAUCCAAAGCAAAUCACUACGGCCUUACCCCCGGCCAAACGCCUUUCCCCGACUGGCCGCACCCCACCCCCGAAGAAUGUGAGGAAGUCAACCGCCUCCUCUCCACCAUCCACGGCCAGAUCACCGCGCCGACCACGAUCCCGGAGCCCUCGCUGACGGUCACGGGCUGCGGCGAGGUGCCGUCCGUGCUGGACGCACUGAUCCGGACCUUGCUGAGCGGGGCCACGACGGGCCGCAACUCGGCCAUGGCGUUCGACGGCCUGGUGCGGCGGUUUGGGAUCCUGCGGGAGGGGAUUGGGAAGGGCAGUGUGGAUUGGGAUGCGGUGCGGCGGGCGCCGGUGCAGGAGGUGUUUGAGGCGAUCAAGCGCGGCGGGCUGGCCGAUGUGAAGAGUAAGAAGAUUAAGAUGAUUUUGGAUAUGGUUUACAAGGAGAAUAUGGAGAGGAGGGAUUUGUUGGUUAACACCAAAUCAAAGGGGGCGGCGGCGGAAGGGGAGGCGGGGGGAAGUGGCUCGGAUGGAUUGGGAGAAUCGGAAGGCCACAAGCAGUACGAGAUUGCGUGCGCAGACCAGAACUUCCUGAAUCUGAAUCAUCUGCAUGCGCUGAGCACGGAGCAGGCCAUGACGGAGCUGGUCAAGUAUCCUGGCAUUGGGCCCAAGACCGCCGGCUGCGUGCUGUUGUUCUGUCUGCAGCGGCCGUGCUUCGCGGUCGAUACACAUAUUUUUCGCAUCUGCAAGUGGCUGGGCUGGGUGCCGCCGACUAAAGUGACGGAGGUCACGGCGUUUGGCCAUCUCGAGGUCCGCAUCCCGGAUCAUUUGAAGUAUUCCUUGCAUACAUUGCUCAUUCGGCAUGGGAAGUCUUGUCCAAGGUGCAGGGCGAUCACGGGGCAGUCUUCGGCGCGGUGGGAAGAGGGGUGUGUGAUCGAUCAUCUGGUGAAGAGGACGGGGAAGAGAAAAGGGGGUUUAUAA